CCGCCUUGCAGCCCCGCCACCGACGUCACCGCCACGGCUCCGGUCACACCCCCGCCGAGGGCUGCCAAAGCCCGCGAUCCCAAACCGCGAUUGGCGGAUCCGCCCCCGCCUGCCCGGGGCUGCUAUGGGCGAGCAGGCGGCGGAGCCCCGGCGGCCCGGGGUCGGCGUGGGGGUGGUGGUCACCAGCGCCGCGCACCCCGGCUGCGUCCUGCUGGGCAAGCGGAAAGGCGCGCUGGGCGCCGGCACCUACCAGCUCCCCGGAGGGCACCUGGAGUUCGGGGAGAGCCUGGCGGAGUGCGCGGCGCGGGAGACGCUGGAGGAGACGGCGCUGCCGCUGCGCCACGUGCGCUUCGCGUCGGCCGUGAACGCGGUGUGCGCGUCCCGGCGCUACCACUAUGUCACCGUGCUCAUGAAGGGCGAGGCCGAGCCCGGCGCCGAGCCGCGCAACCUGGAGCCCGACAAGAACGAGGGCUGGGAAUGGGUCAAAUGGAAUGAAUUUCCUCCAGCAGAUCAACUGUUCUGGGCCUUGCGCUGUUUAAGAGAGCAAGGUUACAAUCCCUUUACAGAAGAGCUCGAUCAUCUAAAGGGGUACACGGGAAGUCACCAGUUAGAGUAAAAACAAAUUGUACAUUACAUGACAAACUAAAGGACAGACCUGCUUUUUUUGGUAUAGAAGAAAAAAAAAAGAUAUGACAUGCUCACCCUGCCCAUGUGAAAAUAUUAGCUUUCCCAAAGAAGAACAAUGCCAACUGUUUCAGUGUUUUUCCCGUAUUUCACACAACAGUUGUCUCUCAUCCCAGACCCAGUUCUAGGUUUAGUAGUUAACAAUUAAGGUUUGCUUUUACAGAAAACUCAGUGUUUUAUCUAGUUAAUCUUUAUAUUGAUGAACAGCCAUUUGGAAAUCAGCACUAGCCAGGGAAGCUUACUCACUUAAAAGCAGUUGCAGCAAAACUUAGUCAUUUAAACCUGCUUUCCUGUAAUUAUUGGACCGAUUUUAAAAUUUAGCCUUUUCUCUUAGCUUCAGUUAUGAAACUAGUGUCAUGAACAAAAGCUACAUUUAAUAGACAGUGCCUUUUUCCCUGCAGACAGCAGUAUACACUUGAAAAUCAAGAGUAUUAUAAAUGUGAAAAGAUUGUCAUGACUUAUUGCAGGGAAUGAAAAUUCCCUGACCCUUCUUGCCAGUUGCUUUCGUAACAGAGUUCUGUUAUAGCCUCAGUUACAUUGAAUUUAUCUGCAGAAAUGUCUCAGAUCUCUGUAAGUGAUCUGAAUUCUUGGUAUGGAGAGGUGCCUACUCUACUAGGCUGACACAAUGAUUUCUGUCAUUUAUAGGUGUAGCUCCAUGGCAAAAAUCACACUUUGUGGCUAAAAAGAGUUGUCAGUAUUGAACAGCACAGAUGGGUGUAGUCCUGUAUGGCUGGUUAUUGAGAUUUGGUAAAAUUGUGAAUUUUCAGAUUAAAUUACUAAGUCGUUAGCGAAUGAAAUUACAGCACCCAACAGUACAUACAAAACCAAGGAGUUAAGAUUUUUAAUUUUUCUAGAAUUUGUAACUAAUUUUGAUUCUUUUCCAGCUGUUGUCACUAAGACAUCAGCAAUUAAUUUUAAGAUAUAACUUUUAAAUAAAUCACUAGUUGGCUCAUUUUUUUUCUUGUCAGGGUUCUUUAUAGCACAUUUCUUGUCUAUUUCCUUUAGAUAUACUCAUUGUACAAAAAUGUUGUAAGGUGUCUUUAAUUUCUUUUGAAUAAAAUAUAGGUACAAUACUGAGAGAUUAAAAUUGCUUGAAGUUAUGAAUUGACUUCUCAGUUCUUAAAAGAAAUCAGCUUGAGGGAUUUAAAGCUCUUCCUUACUUUGAACAUAUUUUUUUAAAUGGAGAUGGCUCUUCCUGCUGAGAAACAGACAGAGUGAUGAGGCAUGAGGAUGCUACUGCCCCUAGCAAUUCUCCUGCUUAGAGUUUGAAGUAUUAAUUAUAUGCAAGUUCCCUUAGGACAGACACCCAUUCUCUGAAGUGAAGAAAGAAGUAACAUUACACAGCAGUCUUGAAAUGGGAAAUUUCACCAAAAAUUCCUUUGCUGCUGUAACUUUGUGAAAAGCUUAUUUUUCUAUUCAAAAGUGGAUACUUGCUUCCUGCAAGCAACCUUAUGUACACUGAAAAACAUUCCAUUCAGCUGUCAACAAUGAAGCUGUAGGAAGAGUUGACAGAUGUCCUGCCCAUCUGUCACAAAGAAUAAUGAAGAAAAACAAUUAAAUUAUUUAGUACAAUUUUAAAUUUUAGAAAACAUCUAUGUAUUGAUGAGAAAAUAGGGACCACUGUAAAAUGGUCUGUCAUGCAAUAAAUACUUUCUUGGCAUA